GACCAGCCCUGAGCUGAAACGCAGGAGACCAGCACCUCCACCCGCCGGGCUGAGGGGACACCCACUCUGCUCCGAGUGCCUGGACAUCGCAGGCCCAAUGGCUGCCAAACCUCAGCCCAACGGCGCCAGAAGCAAAGGGAUGCCCAACGGGGCCGGCUCGCAGGGCCAGUGGGGCCGGGCCUGGGAGGUGGACUGCUUCUCGCUGGCCAGCGUCCUCUUCCUGCUGCUGUGUGCACCCUUCAUUGUCUACUACUUCAUCAUGGCCUGCGACCAGUUCCAGUGCUCGCUCACCGCGCCCGUGAUGGACGUGGCCUCAGGCCGCACGCGCCUGUCCGACAUCUGGGCCCGCACGCCCGGCCCGACCCGCGGGGCGGCCCAGCUCUACGCGGCCUGGGUGGCCUUCCAGGUGCUGCUGUACAUGGCACUGCCCGACGUCCUCCACAAGCUGCUGCCCGGCUACGUGGGAGGUGUCCAGGAGGGGGCCAUCACCCCUGCGGGGGUGGUGAAUAAGUACCAGAUCAACGGGCUGCAGGCCUGGCUCAUCACCCACGCCCUGUGGGUCGCCAACGCCCACCUCCUGCACUGGUUCCCCCCCACCAUCAUCUUCGACAACUGGAUCCCGCUGCUCUGGUGCGCCAACUUCCUGGGCUACGCCGUGUCCACCUUCGCCAUGGUCAAGGGCUACUGCUUCCCGACCAACGCCAAAGACUGCAAAUUCACCGGCAAUUUCUUUUACAACUACAUGAUGGGCAUCGAGUUCAACCCCCGGAUUGGGAAGUGGUUUGACUUCAAGCUUUUCUUCAAUGGCCGGCCUGGGAUCGUGGCGUGGACCCUCAUCAACCUGUCCUUCGCGGCCAAGCAGCACGAGCUCCACGGCCACGUGACCAACUCCAUGGUCCUGGUCAACGUCCUGCAGGCCAUCUACGUGCUCGACUUCUUCUGGAACGAGACCUGGUACCUGAAGACCAUCGACAUCUGCCACGACCACUUCGGCUGGUACCUGGGCUGGGGCGACUGCGUGUGGUUGCCGUACCUGUACACGCUGCAGGGCCUCUACCUGGUGUACCACCCGGUGCAGCUGUCCACCCCGCACGCCAUGGGCAUCCUGGCCCUGGGCCUGCUGGGCUACUACACCUUCCGCAUGGCCAACCACCAGAAGGACUUGUUCCGGCGCACGGACGGCCGCUGCCUCAUCUGGGGCCGCAAGCCCCGGGCCAUCGAGUGCACGUACACGUCGGCCGACGGGCAGAUGCACCACAGCAAGCUGCUGGUGUCCGGCUUCUGGGGCCUGGCGCGCCACUUCAACUACACGGGCGACCUGCUGGGCAGCCUGGCCUACUGCCUGGCGUGCGGCGGCGGCCACCUGCUGCCCUACUUCUACAUCAUCUACAUGACCAUCCUGCUCACCCACCGCUGCCUGAGGGACGAGCACCGCUGUGCCAGCAAGUACGGCCGGGACUGGGCGCGCUACACGGCCGCCGUGCCCGCCCGCCUGUUGCCCGGCAUCUUCUAGGGGAACUGGGUGCCACAAGGCCACUGUGCCCACUGCCUGGGCUCUUCUAGGGGGACUGGGCGUGCUACAUGGCCGCCAUGCCCGCCCGUGUGCUGCCCGGGCUCUUCUAGGGUGACUGGGUUUCACACGGCCGCUGUACCCGCUUGCCCACUGCCCAGGCUCUUCUAGGGCGGCUGCAUCCUGCCCCCUGGGCUCAGCUGCCACCGCAGCCUCUGAAUGUGCCUUCCCUCCGCCUGGGGGGUGGUCCUGGGGCCCCAGGCCGCAGCCUUAGCCCCUCCCACUGACCGAUUCCUUCACACGUGGACCUGCCCGCCCAGAGCCGGGCACUGCUUCUGGCUGUGAACUGCCCGGCGUGCCGAGGGCCUGUCCUGAGCCUGGUGCUCCCAGACCUGCAGGGCUACCUCCAUGGGGCCAACCUGCCUCUUGGCCUCGUGGCCUUGACAGCCACCACAGGAGCCCCGCUAUGGGGUCACCCGACCAGCCUGGCUGUUCUGGAAUGUUCUCUGAUGUCACUGCCCG